CGGGACGCUCCGCGUGGCCGGAUCGGCUGUCAAUGCACCCACUAGCGACCGAACGCAUCGAAUGGCAGGCGCGCGGCAAGAGAUGGGUAGCGACCCACGCUACUACAGCAAGCACGCUGCAAUGACUGCUCCUGCCGGGACGUCCUUCUGGUCCCUCAAGCGCAGCCUGGCACGGCUUGGAACCGACAGCGGGGACAAGGAGGGCGUCAGCGCCCCGCUAUCGAGCAAGACGGCCGGCCUGUCCUCCGGCGUCAACGCCAUGACGGUCGACUACGGCAGCGCGGCGUCCACCGCCCUGCCCAUCAGGAAGAAGAGAAGGCGAUCCACCCACAGGGUCGAGAGCGCGAGCCCCGAAGGCCCGGAUGGCGGCUGCUCCACGUCGUCGGACGAGAAGACGCCGCUGAGCCGUGGUGCACCGUCAUUGAUGCGACGUCGCAUUCCCAGCGGUUCGCCUUCGUCGUGUCUCAGCGAGGACGAGCUACUAGACCCGUUCUGCCCGCCGUCGAAGAAAGGUGCCGCAGGUUCUUCGUGCGGCUUCGGUGGUUGCGAGCGACUCAAGCAAGUGGGACACGUGGUGAAGAAGUCCUUCCUCGUGGUCGCCCUGCUAGCUGCUGUGGUCCUGAUGGGCAUAUUUCCCGAAGCAGGCGAACACAGCAAGACCUACAAAUUCAACGUCAGCAGUGGCGAUGGAUCACACCGAAUUCAUCUGGACGACUGGCGCUCGCCCGUUAUGUUCGCUUUGAGAGGCCCCUUCCUGCAUCGUUCCCUCGCCAACGUCACUCACGUCUUCACAACCGUCACGCUGGUGACCGACGGCAACAGCACUUCCAAGGGUUCGCUGUCGAGACUCUCGCAGAUUAUUCGCAUUCCAACGGUGGCGACUGCGGAUGCCAUCCCCGAGACCAGCUUCGUCGUGAAAGACCAGUUUACCGUGAGACAAUAUCAUGGAACGAGUCCUGAUCUCCUGAUCGAGGUUCAUGGUAGCCCGUCCGAAGUUUCCUACCCCCUUGAGAGCCUCGUGGAGCCUUCAGAGGUGGAGUUCGGUUUGAGCGUUCUCCUGGCGGCUUCGGUGCUGACAGUGCUGUACUUACUCAUCGUGUUCGAGUUGGUCCACCGGACUCUGGCAGCGCUCAUUGGGGCCACAAUGGCGGUCGGUUCACUCUGCGUGGUAGGCGAGCGGCCGAGUCUGACGCAAGUGGUCUCGUGGCUGGACGUGGAGACGCUGUGUCUCCUCUUUGGCAUGAUGAUCUUGGUCGGCGUCCUCUGCGAAACAGGCUUCUUCGAUUACGCUGCUGUACUGGCCUACCGACUGGCUCAUGGUCGCAUCUGGCCUAUGGUGACGAUGCUUUGCACGUUCACCGCUGUCAUAUCUGCAUUCCUGGACAACGUCACCACAAUCCUGCUGAUGACACCUGUCACCAUCAAGCUGUGUGAAGUGAUGGACCUGGAUCCAAAGCACGUGCUCAUCAUCCUCGUGGUGUUCUCCAAUAUCGGCGGCGCGGCCACGCCAGUGGGUGACCCUCCCAACGUGAUCAUCAUAUCGAACGCCAGCGUUCGCUCACUGGGUGUGUCCUUCACUACGUUCACGGCGCACAUGGUUCCGGGCGUCCUGAUCUGUGCGUUGGGGGCAUACAUAUAUUUGCGCGUCUUCUACAGGGACGUCAACAAGCUCCGUUCGGCGCACUGCUCCGACUACCUAGAGAUGGCGCACGAGAUCCAGGUGUGGCAGAAGGCCGUCUUCUCGCUGGCCGAGUACUCGCGCGACGAGACUCACGUGCGUCACGUGCUUCGCAAGAAGGUUCGCAAGUUGGUGCGUCAGCAGAGCAAGCGCAGCCACUACGCCCGCUCCUCCACCCUGCCGCCGCCGCCGCCCAGCGCAGUCCCCGACCCCGUCGGCGGAAAGACGGCAUCCUGCGUGCUGGCCGAAGUGGAGUUCCGGGAGAACCUCAGGGUGUUGAGCGAGAAGUACCGGAUUCGUGAACCGGCGCUCCUGGUGAAGUCCACCAUUGUUCUCGCCUGUGUCAUCGUUCUCUUCUUCCUCCAGAGCAUACCAGCGAUUCACCUGACACUCGGCUGGAUCGCAAUCCUGGGCGCCGUGAUGCUCAUGGUGCUAGCUGACACGCGUGAGCUGGAUGCCGUCAUCGCUCGCGUGGAGUGGACCACGCUGAUAUUCUUUGGCGCCCUCUUUGUGGUCAUGGAGGCUCUAGUCGAGCUCAAGCUUCUGCUCUACGUGGGCCACCUGACGCAGAACUGGAUACGCAGCGUUCACCAUGAUUCGCGGCUCAUCGUCUCGAUUAUGAUUAUCACCUGGGUCUCCGCCCUGGCCUCCUCCUUUGUGGACAACAUUCCCUUCACUACAGUCAUGAUUAAAAUUGUGACUGGUCUUGCUGAAAGCGAUUUAGGCCUCAAGUUGGGGCCACUAAUCUACGCACUGGCCUUCGGAGCCUGCCUCGGAGGCAAUGGGACCCUCAUUGGAGCCUCAGCCAACGUUGUCUGCGCCGGAGUUGCGGAGCAGCAUGGCUACAAGUUCAGCUUCUUCGAGUUUUUUAGGAUUGGUUUCCCGCUAAUGGUGCUCACAACGGCCUUGUCAACCACGUGGCUCCUUGCCUGCCACGUCGCCAUGGACUGGGAUAUCUGAAAGCCCCAGUAACCAAUGGUGCCUAGGAAAAAGAAUGCGUGCACAUGUCUGCUCGCUGAGCGAGCUGUUAGAUUUUACGUGGUGUUGUACUUUUAUCUGUGGAAUUGGUUCCGGUGUUAACUUUUAGCUAGAGAAGUGUAGUUCUCGCAUUGAAUGCACAUAUUUACUUUUUAGCUGUUGCGUUAUAUUUUCUUAUACUUUUUUUCAAAAACGAUCAUUUUUGUUAUUUUUUUGCAGGUUUGUAUCCGCUUUUUGCGUAGCAUCUUCAAGCUGGUAUUUCAAAGCUGUUUCUCUUUUUAUGCACCAAAAUAUAUAAUGGCGAGUGUUCAUAAAAUUCUUCCUCUAAGGUGGUUAGAAUGUUGCGAGCGAGCAACACCCAGUGUUUCCCGAGUGAUUGCUUCAGCGAGUCUUGCGUAUGGAUUGUUGGUCGCUGUACAUUUCCGCUACAACACGUUUUGCAGACGUUGUUCAAUAAAGUUUUACAGUGCA